AUGUUGCGCAAAGUCGUCACUGUCGCCGCUCUGGCAGUGGUGGUCGCAGCCGACGAGACAUGGACCAUCAAUGCCACAUCCAACUGGGGCACCUGGGAUGGAUGGGGCGUCUCCCUCGCCUGGUGGGCCAAAGCCUUUGGGACCCGCGACGACCUGGCCGACAUCUUCUUCAGCCUGGACUCGACGACGUAUGAUUCCGUCAGCCUUCCUGGCCUCGGGUUCAACAUUGCUCGCUACAAUGCAGGCGCGUGCAGCAACAGCACCUACGACGACACCACCAUGGUCGUGUCGCCCGACAUGAUCGCAUCUCGACAGAUGGACGGGUACUGGUGGGACUGGGCCUCUGGGGACCCGACCUCGAGCAGCUGGCACUGGGACGUCGAUGCAAACCAGCGGUCGAUGCUGAGCAAGGCCGUUGCCAACGGUGCCAACCACAUUGAGCUGUUUAGCAACUCGCCCAUGUGGUGGAUGCUGUACAACAAGAACCCGUCCGGGUCCGACGACGGCUCCAGCGACAACCUGCAGAGCUGGAACUACGACAACCACACCCACUACCUGGCAGAGAUUGCACUGUACGCCAAGGACAACUGGGGGGUCACCUUUGAGAGCAUCGAGCCCUUCAACGAGCCCUCUGCCGACUACUGGGUGGGCACGACGGGCACCCAAGAGGGCUGCCACUUCGACAUCUCCACGCAGGCCACCGUCAUCGAAUCACAGCGCGCCGCACUCACCUCCCUAGGCUUAUCCUCUGCCAUCGUCUCUGCAUCCGACGAGAACACAUACGACGAGGCCGUCACGACGUUCGACGGUCUCGGGUCCACGGCUCUCAAAGACCUGGGCCGCAUCAACGUGCACGGCUACGAGGACGGCUCCGGCAACCGGGACGGGCUCUACGCGCUCGCCUCAGGAGCGGGCCUGGCCCUGUGGAACAGCGAGUACGGCGACAGCGACGCCACGGGCUCGAGCCUGGUGAGCAACCUGAUCCUGGACCUGCGUUGGCUGCACCCGACGGGCUGGGUGUACUGGCAGGCCAUCGACGGGGGCGGCUGGGGGCUCAUCGACGGCGACAACGACGACCUGACGCUGGGAAGCCCGAGCCAAAAGUACUUUUGCCUGGCCCAGUUCACGCGGCACAUCCGAGAGGGGAUGCGCAUCCUGGACGGCGGCGCGGAUCACGUCGUGGCGGCGUACGACGAGGUCAACUCGAAGCUGAUCAUCGUUGCGGUCAACUGGGGCGACGCGCAGUACCUCAACUUUGAGCUGUCGGGCUUCUCGACGCCCGGCACGAGCGGGCAGACGAUCCCGAGGUGGAGCACCGAGAUUGGGAGUGGUGACCAGUAUGUGUCGACGCCGGCUGAUACGGUGCAGGAUGGGACUGUUUUCUGGUCGUACUUUGAUACAAAUGAGGUGCAGACGUUUGAGGUGGCCAAUGUGAAGAUCUGA